CUUCCGAGUAACCCGUUUCGUUUCUUUCACCACUAAGAAAACCCCUCUCCCCGGACCGGAGGUCGCUUGGUUCCCAUCGGAGCACGAGGCGAGAAAGCCAAGCGCGAGCUCGCGAUUCUGAUGGCCGCCGCCGAGACGGAGGAGGAUCUGCUUCUCAAGACCUUUCUCGCCGAGGUCAGCGAAGUCGAGAGAGACAAUGAGGUCAUCAGGAUACUUUCAUGCUUCAAGUUAAAUCCUUUUGAGCAUCUAAAGUUAUCUUUUGAUUCAGCAGCCGAUGAUGUGAAGAAGCAAUAUCGAAGGUUAUCCCUGCUGGUUCACCCUGACAAGUGCAAGCAUCCACAAGCAAAGGAGGCUUUUGCAGCAUUGGCAAAAGCCCAGCAGUUACUACUCGAUCCACAGGAAAGGGAAUAUCUUCUUAGUCAAAUAAAUGCUGCAAAAGAAGAACUAAGAAUGCAGAGGAUGAAACAGUUGAAGAAAGAUAGCGCUUCCAAAAUUAAAGCACUGGUUGAUGAGGGAAAAUUUGAGCAGCAGUAUGAGAAAUCAGAAGAGUUCCAGCAGCGAUUGAAAAUGAAAGUGCGUGAAAUUUUAACUCAGCAAGAGUGGCGUCGGAGAAAAAUGCAAAUGAGGAUAUCGGAAGAGGAAGGAAGACUGAAGAAGGAAGAAGAAGAGACUAAGGAGAUGUGGAAAAGGAAGCGUGAGCAUGAGGAACAGUGGGAAGAAACAAGAGAUAAGCGAGUUUCCAGCUGGAGAGAUUUCAUGAAGACUGGAAAGAAGGGUAAAAAAGGAGAGAUUCGGCCCCCGAAGCUCAAAACAGAAGAUCCAAACAAAUCCUAUGUGCAGAGGCCAGUAAAGAAAGGAUGAGUUACAAUCGGGAUCGCUACACCUUGACAUAAAAUGAGCAAACAGAUUUGACAAGUGAGAAAUUUAUUAAAUAUGGUAUGUUAGAGCGAUUCUGUGGUUAAAGGCAACUCCUGGAGUUGGGCUUGUAUUACUACAGACUUUGGUAGGACUGUACAUUUUCCUUUACAACGUUUAUAACUUGAUUGUACAACACUAGGAAAAUUUUAAUGUUAGGACAUUCGUAUUGGAUAUUUAAUUGGAAGAAGGUGAUGAAACGUUUUGCUAAAA